GCCUCGCGCGGUUGUCUUGGAGAGGGACGCGUAGGCUACGCCACCGCGGACGGGUCGGAUCCGGUCCCUGGACGCGGAACAGAGAUCCCCUGAUUCAGCCACCCCCAGAGUGAGCCCCGUGGAGUGCGAUCCUACCUUCCUGCCCCGACGAAGGUCCCAGAGACGCUGCGGACAACACCAGCAUGUCGAGCGAGCAGAGCGCGCCGGGGGCCUCACCCAGGGCCCCGCGUCCGGGGACCCAGAAGUCUUCUGGCGCGGUGACCAAAAAGGGAGAGCGCGCGGCCAAAGAGAAGCCGGCGACCGUUCUGCCUCCCGUGGGGGAGGAGGAGCCCAAAAGCCCUGAGGAGUACCAGUGCUCCGGGGUCCUCGAGACCGACUUCGCCGAGCUCUGCAGGCGGUGGGGCUACACGGACUUCCCCAAAGUUGUCAACCGGCCCCGCCCCCACCCGCCCUUCGUCCCCUCCGCCUCUUUGUCGGAAAAGGCCACCUUAGACGAUCCGCGGCUGUCGGGGUCCUGCAGCCUCAAUAGCCUGGAGAGCAAAUACGUGUUCUUCCAGCCCACCAUCCAGGUGGAGCUGGAGCAGGAGGACAGCAAGUCAGUGAAGGAAAUCUACAUCCGCGGUUGGAAGGUUGAGGAACGGAUUCUGGGUGUCUUCUCUAAAUGUCUGCCCCCGCUUACCCAGCUACAGGCCAUCAACUUGUGGAAGGUGGGGCUGACCGAUAAGACCCUGACCACCUUCAUCGAGCUCCUGCCUCUCUGUUCAUCCACGCUCAGGAAGGUGUCUCUGGAGGGGAACCCACUGCCGGAGCAGUCCUAUCACAAGCUCAUGGCCUUGGACAGCACGAUUGCGCACUUGUCUCUGCGGAACAAUAACAUCGACGACCGCGGGGCGCAACUCCUGGGCCAGGCGCUGUCCACGCUGCACAGCUGCAACCGCACCCUCGUCUCGCUCAACCUGGGUUUCAACCACAUCGGGGACGAGGGCGCAGGCUACAUCGCGGACGGCCUCCGGCUGAACCGUUCCCUGCUCUGGCUGUCCCUGGCCCACAACCGCAUCCAGGACAAGGGCGCCCUGAAGCUGGCCGAGGUCCUGCGCGCCUUCGAGCUGACACACACCGAAGUGGUGGAGCGCCGACGCCUCCUGCUGGAAAAAGGGACACAGGAGCGCUCGCGAUCGCCCUCCUCCUCUCGACACGGGGACUCCAAAACGGACCGUGAGAAGAGUCAGAUGGUAGGGAUCAGCAAUAGUGCAUUGGUGGACAAGACAGACAAGACGCAGACAAUGAAAACCCCUAAGGGCCUGGGCAAGAAAAAGGAGAAAUCAUGGGAAUUGGCCAAGAAAGAGGAGAAGUCGGGGUCUGGGCAGUCACCCACACAAGGAACCCCUAAGAAAGAAGAUGCCACAAAGGCAGGCAAGGGGAAGGUAACCAUCCCUGAACAGAAGCCAAGCAGGGCAAAAGGGAUCAAGAUCGGGAGCAGAGAGAAGCGCAGCAUCCUCCUGGAGUCCGAGCAGCUGGUUGUUGAGGCUACUGAGGUGGUCAACCCUCUCCUGGAGCCUGUGGAGCACCGAGAUGGGAAAGUUUUCAUGCCUGGGAACAAGGUCCUUUUGCAUCUCAACCUCAUCCGGAACCGCAUCACAGAGGUGGGGCUGGAGGGCUUCCUCGCCACAGUGCAGUAUCAGAUGCAGUUCUCCAAGGCCAAGAGUGCAUCCAAGGGUCCAGUGGGGCUGCUGUGGCUGUCCCUGGCUAAAAAUUGCUUCGCCCCACAAUGUCCUGCGUACACCAUAAUCCAGGAGCUGAUGUUGCCAAGGGAUCCCAUCAAGGCCAAACUCAGUGAGGAUGAGGCCAUGGCAUUCUUCCCCUAGCCCCCUCCCACCUGCUUGCCUCUAAGACUCCGGGCUACAGAAGCACCUCCUGUCCCUGUGUGGGGUGACCUCCCUGGGGGAGAUCUCAGACCAAUAACAAAGUCUGUUGCUAUACUUUU